AUGGAACAACCUGUGAACAGCGUGGAGGACCAGCUUAUUACGCGGCCACUGCUAGAUGACCUUAAAGGGUGGUUCAGUCCUGGGGGCGGGGCCAGAGGCGCGUGGCCUCCCGCAGCCCCCCACCCCCACCCUCGGCACCGCCCCCCGCGGUUCUCUGCUUCCCGGAGGGAGCCGAGCUCCCGGUGUCCCCGGGGAGGGCGAGCCCCCAGGCUACCGGGUGGCCCUGGCCCAGUCCCCAGCCGGCGGGAGCGAGGGGAAGGCUCUGACGGGCGGGCGUCGGGUGUCCUGGCGCUUCCCUGUGGACUGACCCCGAGCGCGAAAAGAUUCAACUACGUCGGAAGAAGAACAUGCCAUUUUGUAGUUUGCCAAAUGAAGUACAGCUCCAACUCUGCCAGACCACAAUCUAUCGAGAGUGCUCCAAUAUUAUCUCAAGGACUACGGCCUGAACAAGAAGUACAGCUGUGGAAUGAGAUAGAUGAUGCCUGUUCAUCUUUCCUGUCCCUUGAUUCUCAGCCUCAGGCAUCCAAUGCACUGGAGGAGCUUUGCAUCACAAUUAGGAGGACUCUAUCAAAGCCCCAGAAAACAGAUGAAAAAGAUAAUACCAAAAGGUUCUUAUUUCAUUAUUCGAAGACACGGAAGUUGGGCAAUUCAAAUGUUGUGUCGUCUGUCGUGCAUCCGUUACUGCAGCUUGUUCCUCACCUGCAUGAGAGAAGAACGAAGAGAUUCAGACUGGACGAAGAAUUCCUGGGUCCUAUUGCAAGCCAAGUUCGGAGACAGUUUUUAUUCAGGCCACGCAAUGGAAGAAGGUCAGAAGGUUACAUUUAAAAUGGAUACCAACUAUUUUCCACAGAAGCGGCACCAGGGAAUACAAAAUGUUGACAUUUGUUUUCUUCUCAAAAACAAUCCUUGCUAAACUUA